AGCAUCCCGCUUUGCUUUCCGCUGAGCCAGAUUUUGAGCUAUUGAACUGUUCUCGGCAUCUGGCAUGUUCCCUUUCUCCUUCGAAGCCCUCUGCUCAGUCUAGGCGGCCUGCGUCCGCCUCCCUUUCCCAAGGGUCCUGCGUCCCGUGCUCGAUGCACCCCCUUUCCCAUCCCAAGGACCCGCCCAGUCAACUCAGAGGGGCGCGCUGCAGACCCAAGUCGUGACUCUGCAGAGUCGGAAUUUAGGGCGUUGGAACGCACGCCGCAGCGGAGCCGAGUCUACCAGGCAAACAGCGUCCCACCAGCAGGCGGCGCGCUCUCCGCAAGGCCUGCGAGGUUCCCGAGUCAAAACUUGCACAGGAUGUUGGUGCUACCGCUGGAGAGCAUAGCGCAGUCUUCCGAGCCGAGCUGUUGGCGCCUGCAGAAAGGUGAGGGGAGAAGAGAGAACUUUCAGAUGCAGUGACUCAGGAUUGGACCUCGCGGAUUUCAUUCGGGAGGGGGUUGCUUUCCUGUUGCAGCUUUGCUAUCGUUUCCUAGAUUUUGCUCUAUGAUCUUUAACUUGAAAUUCUGAAAUGAAGAUGGAGGAGGCAGUGGGAAAAGUUGAAGAACUCAUUGAGUCUGAAAUUCCACCAAAAACAUCUGAACAAGAGACAGUCAAGGAGGAAGAUGGAUCUGUGGAACUAGAACCUCAAGUUCAAAAAGAGAGUGUAGCAGAUUCUACAGUUCUUUCUUCAAUGCCCUGCUUAUUGAUGGAACUGAGAAGGGACUCUUCUGAGUCUCAGUUAGCGUCCACAGAGAGUGACAAGCCAACAACAGGCCGAGUUUAUGAGAGUGACUCCUCUAAUCAUUGCAUGCUUUCCCCUUCCUCUAGUGGUCACCUGGCUGAUUCAGAUACAUUGUCCUCUGCAGAAGAGAAUGAACCUGCUCAGCCAGAAGUAGCAGUAGAAGGUGACCCUUCAGGAGUGUCUGGUGCCACAGUUGGGCGUAAGUCGAGGCGGUCCCGUUCUGAAAGUGAAACAUCUACCAUGGCUGCCAAGAAAAACCGGCAAUCCAGUGAUAAGCAGAAUGGCCGAGUCGCGAAGGUUAAAGGUCAUCGGAGCCAAAAGCACAAGGAGAGGAUCAGACUACUGAGGCAGAAACGGGAGGCUGCUGCAAGGAAGAAGUACAACCUGCUGCAGGACAGCAGUACCAGUGAUAGUGACCUGACUUGUGACUCAAGCACGAGCUCAUCAGAUGAUGAUGAAGAGGUUUCAGGGAGCAGCAAGACAAUCACUGCAGAGAUACCAGAUGGACCUCCAGUUGUAGCUCAUUAUGAUAUAUCUGACACCAGCUCUGACCCAGAAGUGGUAAAUGUGGACAAUUUAUUGGCGGCUGCAGUAGUUCAAGAGCUCACUAAUUCUGUAGGCGGCCAGGACACAGGAGCUACCUGGAGGACCAGCGGGCUUCUAGAGGAGCUGAAUGCAGAGGCAGGUCAUUUGGACCCCGGAUUCUUAACAAGUGACAAAGCAUCUACUGGCAAUGCACCACUUAAUGAAGAAAUUAAUAUUGCCUCUUCAGAUAGUGAAGUAGAGAUUGUGGGUGUGCAGGAACAUGCAAGGUGUGUUCAUCCUCGAGGGGGUGUGAUUCAGAGCGUUUCUUCGUGGAAGCAUGGCUCCAGCACACAGUAUGUUAGCACCCGGCAAACUCAGUCAUGGACUACUGUGACUCCCCAGCAGACUUGGGCCUCACCAGCAGAAGUUGUUGACCUCACCUUGGAUGAGGACAGCAGGCGUAAAUACCUACUGUAGUACAAUGUCACUGUGUCCUCUGCACUGUUCCCUUCCACUUCCUCCUUUUCUUUGUGACACGGAAGUUCAUUGUCAUAGCUUCAGCCUCUGAAGUUCUUUGUGGCAUUUAUAAAAUUAAAACUCAUGGAAACUCCCCUCUUUUUUUUUAAUUAAAAAAGUCACUUAGGAAA